AUGAAUCGUAGGUGGAUGUAUGAUAAAUGUUACGAUGGAGGGCAAGUUAAAGAAAAAAAAAGAAGUUUUUGUAUCCAAAGUCCCGGUAUCAAAAUUGGCGUAAGGGUUCCAAAUGAGCAUGAUUCACUAUUGCAAACAAUGAUGGGAGAAGACUUUGAAAUUCCUGCUUUUACAAAUGCUAGUCAUGAUCCCGCUGCUUGGAAUCAAGGCGGCAAAAAUCCAUUUGUAAGCGGCGGAGUUAAUAUUCAAGGUGGAGGGAAUGCAUUUAUUAAUCAAAGUGGUGGCGGAGGGACUCCAUUUAACUUGGGAAAUAUUCACGGCGGUAGAAAUAAAUUUAAUGUAGGCGACGGCGGAAGGGCAAGUGCCGCAAGGGAAAGUGCCGGAAGUGCACCUGGUUUUACGAAUGCUAGUCAUGAUCCCGCUGCUUGGAAUCAAGGCGGCGAAAAUCCAUUUGUAAGCGGCGGGAUUAAUAUUCAAAACGGAGGGAAUGCAUUUAUUAAUCAAAGCGGUGGCGGAGGGACUCCAUUUAACUUGGGAAAUAUUCAAGACGGUAUAAAUGAAUUUAAUGUAGGCGGUGGCGGAAAGGCAAGUGCCGCAAUGGGCAGCGCCGAAAGUGCAAGUGGCGGAAGAACAAGCGGCGGAAGGAUUAGCGGCCAAAGAACAACAAGAGGAAGAGGUGGAAAUGCAUAA